AUGGCACUAUCUGCCUUUGGAUAUUAUUAUUUAUUAACGUUUUUCAUUGUUGGCAAUGAGUGCAUCGACAUUUCUUCAUUGGAUGACAUUACCGAGGCAACGUGUACUGAAAAUUGUGAAAACGUGACUGAAAUUUCAACUUCUGAAAUUUACACUCAAAGCGUUGAUGUCACAAAAUUUACCACAAAUGAAAAUACCGAUUAUGAUGAUGAGACAACGGAGAAUAUUAAUAUUCUCCUGGCAAAGAAACCGCAAAAAUCACUAAUACCAAUUGUACCAAAAAAAUCGAAUAAUACCGAAGUUCCCGUUAAACAGAAAGCCCCUGCUAAAUUGGAAAGAACAAAGGCGGAAAUUUGCGAAUGUGAUUUGCAGGUGUCAUCGUGUGACAUAAAUUGUUGCUGCGAUUUGGAUUGUACAGAUUCGCAGCUAGAAACUUUUUCAUUUUGUUCCAACGUUCAUGAAAAACUUUACGACAACAGAUAUUGUUACAGAAAAAACUUUUUAUUUCACAACACUUCAAAAUUCAUUCUCGAAAAAGUAGCGGACAAUUUAUUCUGCAUUGUUUAUGACAAUUUACCUCCAAUUUAUACCGUCAACAAUAAUGUCAGCAUUCAAAAUGAGAGGGACUUAGAUAAAGCGAUAGGGAAAAUAGAUCCGUACAAUUUUAAAUGGGAUUUAGAAGCAACAUGGAUGGAUCCGAAAUUUCAGACAAAGGAACCUUAUCGUCAUGGCGAUACAAUUUGGAAACUUGAUAAAACUUUGAUAGAACCUCUAGAAUUAUUGCAAACUGGCUUCACGGGUCUGUGUAGUUUUACAAAAACUGUCAAGUUCCUUGAAAAUUGGAAAGACUCGUGUCUUCAAAUUAAUUUAUCGAAUAAUAAUACUUAUCUCUUUCCUGAGAGAUAUUAUAAUUUUUCGAUUAUAAAAUCGCCUCGUCUCCUCGAUGCGAUCAAGUUCAAUCGAUAUCAGAAAUGCUCGCAAAUGUUUUGCGCACCAAUCGAGUCAAACUAUUGUCUCGACUCAUGGACAAAUUGUACAAAAAAUAAAACAAAUCCCACAUCAUGUUCAAAUGAAAAAUGUCAAAACGUGAUAAAAAAUAUUCGUUACAUAAUUAAGCACAAUGGAACAAUGGGAAUAAUCGAUAUUCAAUUAUAUUUCCAAGAAGCAAAUGUAACGGAAAAAUUUUAUCAAAAAUUCGAAAUCAUUUACGAAUGGUUCAAUGAUAAUAAGACAAAAAAUUUCCAAAGAAGCGGAAAUCCUGGUUACACUGCGGGAAAUCCAAUUUUCAUCGGUAAACUAAUGACAAUUAAUUCCACAAUAUUGGGAACAAAUAAUAUUCACAUUGACAAAAAUGAUAAAUAUUUAACACUACCAAUUGCCAAGACAAACACCGGCAUUUGUGACAAUGACAAAAAAUACAUUGUCAAUUUUGGUGAGAAUUUAAAAUUAAAAUGUAAACAUUCUUUAAAAGUGAAAUAUUUUUCUCAAUCAACAUGCAUUGAAUUGCAAAAUGCAAUUUUUCAUAAAAUGCUAAAGAAAUCAUUUUUAAAUUUAACCGAUAUUAAUGCAAAUAAAAUGCAAAUUUCACGCAAUGGCAAUGUUAUUGAUCGUAAUAUGUCAAAUUGGAUUGACGUUCAUUUCAAUCAAUUGCCAAAUAUAAUGCCAAAUUCAUUGAUAAAUGAGGAGAAAAUUUCUUGUACAAAUUUAAUAACAUCGAUGAGAAUUGAUGUGGUGCAUUCAAUUUUAUCGAAACCGGAAUUUAUUGACAAUCAUGUAAUAUUAGGUUUUGGCGUUACAUUUGCCAAUUCAACGACAAUUUCUUGGUUAAAAUGUAAAACAAAAAAUUGUGCUGAAAAUUUAGUGGUGGAUAUUAUUAGUUAUGUAUCGUUUCACGAUGCAUCGAAACCGUCGAAAAUUUAUUUCGCCAGUGGACCAAAUUUAGAUAUAAGUUUACCUUACGAUUUCUUUUAUCCAUUUCUCAGUAAUUCGAAGGGAAGGACAAUUUAUUUUGACAAUAUUCUCGUCAUUUGUUUAUUUAUCGCUGUAAUUAUUGUUGGUAAAUAAUUUUAGAUAAUAACUAUAAAAUAAGAAAAAACGAAUAACG